AAUUCCGUUUUACAAACAGGAAGUGCUUCGAGGAUGACGCUAGCUCAAACAUGUCUUUCAAAAGAGAAGGUGAUGACCACAGUCAGCUAAAUGUCUUAAAGAAACGGCGUGUUGCAGACUUGCUGUCCAACUACAUUCCAGAAGACGAAGCUACUCUGAUGAAAAAUGGAAGGUAUUGCUGUUUGGUGUGUUCACAUCGUCCUGUUUUUGACACAGUCGAUAUGCUGACAGUCCACAGAAAAGGGAAGCGGCAUCUCGAAGGUCUAAAAUGGUUUUAUGGGAAGAAAUCUCAGCUACAAAAGGAAAUUGAUAAGAGGCGGCAUCAAGAAUAUGUUAAUGAAGAAGAUGACCGGCAGGAAACGGCCAGCUGUGCUCCAUUACUAACGCAGACACGAAAAAUUACCCACCAUGUCCUGCUGAGAUCUACACCUUAUAACAGCUGUCAUAAAAAGGCCAGUGAAAGGUCUGAAAUGCCAGCAACACAGUUGAAUCCAUACUGCAGCAGCAACCCCGAUGUUGAUCAGAUCAUUAUUCCCACAGCUAUGGUCAAAACCAACACAGGUGCCACAACUGAUUGUGAUGCAAGCAACUAUCAGAUUCAGACACAAAUGAAGAAAAAGAAGGCUGCUAAUCCUGCUGAGUCUGAGCCUGUCACAGAGCAGAGACGCAAUGAACUUGAACACUACCUGAAAUUAAAGAGCAAUGGAUGGCUCCAGGACCCCAGUGGUAAAUGGGUAAAAGAUGAAAAUGUCGAGUUUGACUCAGAUGAGGAAGAACCACUUCCACUCUUCACAACGAAAAAGAAUUUGUAGACUAUGCUGGAAGGUUCUGGCCAACCUAUAUACUUUCUGUACUUCUCCCUGCUUCCUCAAAAAGACUUCCUGUUUUGCGGUAAAGCUACCAGCACAGAUGAUGCAGAAAAGCAAAAGAGGGACCGCAGAAUGAGCUGCUGAUCAGUGAGAACGCUAGUUUCCCCCACAAAGCCAAGUUGUUUUUUUCACUGUGUCAAGAAUGUGUCUUGGCAUCUUGCUAAAAAGACUGUUUUAAUUUUUAUUAUUAUUAUUAUUAUUAAAAAAGACAACAUUGACACUAAAGAAAAGCGUGACUUGAUAUAUUUUUCUUAUUUGUAUCUCUGCAUUACACUGUUAGUAAUUAGACUUGCAACAGAAAAAAGGUCACAGAUACAGAACAGAGUCACAAAUGAAAUUAGAUUUUUGUCUAAGUCACAAAACUAAAUCCUGUUUCAAAAUAUCAAAGUGGGAGUGUUCGUGUUAUGCCCCUGCUGUCCUCCUGUUCAGUUUAUGAUGACCUCUUUGAAAAAUAAAAACUGCACAUAUUUAAAAAAAAAAUAAUAAUAAUAAUUUGAUUGAUUUAUUUUGCAAGUAACAAUUUAUUUUUACAAAGCUUUAAGUCAGAAUGUUCUUGGAACAUUGGAAGUUCCUCACUUAGUGGUUUGUGUUUUUAAAGAGAAUGGCUAAGUCUACAGCUAUAGGUCAAUAAAAAAAAACUAAGAGAUCAGCAGCUGCUCUGAAGGUGGGACAUCAGUUUCCAGCAUAUGCCCCUUCCCUCUUGACCUAGUAUGGCACUAUAUUUGGAGCUGUGUAACUAAAUCACUGUGGACUGACUUUCCUAGGUAUAAAUAGGCAGAUGGCAGAGGAUAAACUAGUGGUACGGUGGGAAAUUGAAAAGAUCCGAGUCUUCGGAGGUCAAAGGAUUCAACAGUAAUUAGUUCUAAAUGAAUCGCACAUUGGUUUACCACACUGAACUGCACUAACAGUGGUAACAUAAUACUGACUAUGAAAGCUGUUUUGUUAAUCAUGUGACUCAACUGAAAUCUAAAACAAUUUUGUCAUUAUAUUCAUAAUCAACAUUAAUUGAUAAAAUAAAAGUAAAAAACCCUGAGUACUUCUGAUGAGUAUCAUCAUUGUGGCUAAGUGAC